GGAGUUUUGUAUCGAGCUUUCCUUUCUUUCCAUCAAUUGACUCCAUUCAAGGUCCCAAACACUCUGUCUCGGUCACUUCCAACCACCUCCGAACAGAAGAGAGGCUUCCACACUCGCUACUUAAUACACAAUCCACAUAUACCCCAUUGACGAGAAAGAGAGUAAUAUGAAUAUCUUUAGAUCACAGCAGCAGAGCCAGACACGAGCACAGGAUGAGAAUAACAAUAUCAAACAAAAGGAUGUUAAGAAGUCUCAGAUCCCAGUGCGUCGUCCAGCACUGAGUAAUGUCACCAAUACAACCACGGGUGUUUCUUCGAAGCUAUACCAUCCGGUGUCAAGUGCAUCGACAGCAAAUACUCAUACAUCUACGACUACAACAUUAGUGUCCUCUGAUGCUGUCAUAAAGGAUAGUGGGAUCAAGAGACCUGCGUCACAAGAAGAUGUUUUACAGCACAAGAGAACGAAAACCAUGGAAUACGAGUACGAGGAUCUUGACGCUGAUGAUUGGAACGACCCAAACAUGGUUAGUGAGUACGUUGUUGAGAUCUUUGAAUAUUUGGCCAAACUCGAGAUCAAGACCUUGCCCUUGGCAACUUAUAUGGAGAAGCAGAUCCACUUGACUGAUUAUAUGCGUGAUGAACUGUGUGAUUGGCUCAAUGCUGUGCAUUUGAAAUUCAGACUCUUACCUGAGACUUUCUUCAUCGCCAUAAACAUCAUAGAUAGAUUUCUUUCGCGUGAGGUGGUCCUACCACAGGCACUACAACUUGUUGGUACGGCAGCUCUUUUCAUUGCCUCCAAAUACGAGGAGAUUUACUCACCAAGUGUUAACCACUUUGCCCAUGAAAGUGGAUGUGUUGUUGAAGAUAUCUUGAAUGCUGAGAAGUACAUCCUGGAAGUGCUGGAAUUCGAUCUCAGUUAUCCAAACCCAAUGAACUUCAUCAGAAGAAUCUCGAAAGCUGAUGAUUACGACGUCAACACCCGUAACAUUGCAAAGUAUUUCAUUGAAAUCUCCGUUAUGGAUGUGGAAUUCAUCGGUGUCAGACCUUCUCUAUCUGCUGCUGCUGCGAUGUACUUGAGCCGUAGGCUCUUUGGAAAAGAUGAGUGGAAUGGUAACUUGAUCUACUACUCUGGAGGUAUCACAGAAAGCGAACUGAUGCCGGUGGCUCAUCAGUACUUGAAGUACUUGGUGCAGCCUGUUCAACAUGAAUCCUUCUUUAGAAAAUACUCCAGUAAGAAAUACCUGAAGGCCUCAAUAGUGACGAGACAAUGGGCAAAACAGCUGAUGAAAGAAGGAGAAUUGGACGACAUCUAAUUAUAGUUUACGUGUACACUACUAAUGACUUUGUUUUGUUUCUUUUGAAUAUGAAAUUAAUUGGAAAGGAACGAAUAAAUAUUGAUACCCUCUAAAAACAUGGCUGUAGCUGCACACACUACUCACUGCUCCUGCUCCCAUACCGGUUUCUUAUCGUGCUGCACCGCAUUUGAAUCGUCAUUCUCUUUGAUCUUACUCACGUGGAGGUAUUUGCCAAAGAGCUCGAACCCUUCCAUGUUAUUUACAGCCUCUUGGGCAUCGCCGAUAUCUUGAAACUGAACAUCGAUGUAUGACGAAGACGACGAAUGCUGUGUCAGUUGAAGAAUGUUACCAAAACUCUCAAACAACUGCUGCACUGUUUCCACAGUAUUGGGCUGAGCCGGCAGAUUCGACACUCUCACUGUACUACUCAUCCUAUUCUGGUUAUCUACUCCACCAAAGGAAUACGUUGUUCGAGUACUAAACACC